AUGAUCCUUGUGUGCACCUGGCUGGCCUUCAGCCUGAAGCCGCCAUCGUUCGGAGUGGCUCGUACGGCACCGAUGACCCCUAGUGACGAGGCCAGACAAAUCCUGGGUGCAAAUGCUAGCGAUCAAGCCAUCAUCAAGUUGGUCGACGUCCUCGCUCAAGCGCGUGAAGCACGUGCAGAAGCCCGUGAAGCAAAGGCAGAAGCAGAAGCAGAUGCCCGUGAAGCAAAGGCUCAUCAGGUUCACUUGCAGCAGGACAAGUCACGGCUGGAAGCGGAGCU